GUGUAGUUGUUCCAUUACCAACAAACGUGGAAGUUAGGUGUUGUCAUGGCAACCAAUACAUCCUGGCGUCACAGCUGCUGCUGGUUGAACUUAAUUGAGCUGCCGCCGCGUUCAGUCGCAUGUGCGCCGCUGACAUCGCAUCCAUGGCACAUUACAGAGCGUCAGAGUCGAAGCGAGAGCAAUUUAGGAGAUAUCUUGAAAAGGCUGGAGUCCUCGACACUAUAACAAGCGUUUUAGUGGCACUUUAUGAAGAAACUGACAAACCUAACAAUGCUCUGGACUUCAUAAAGCUUCACCUCGGCGCCUCUGGUCCAGAGCCAGCGGACACUGAGGCUCUGCGGAUGGAGCUGAAUGAGCUGCAACAGAAGUACAACCUUCUCCUGAACGAGAACAAGGAGCUGAGGAAUCGGUUGAUGCAGUUUGAACACUUGCCCGAGGAGGGAGAAGCGGAAUAGGACAAAGAAUCUGCAAAGAACGUUUAAAUGACUUAUUUGUAAAUGUUUGUUACAUAAUAGAUGUACAGUGAACACAGAAUCACUGUUUUUUGUUUCCUAAGGUUCUCCUUUUUGUUCCAAAAUAAACCCUUUUCAGCA